AUGUUUGAAUCAUUAGUAGCCGAUAUUAUAGCAAAAUACAUUGGAGAAUAUAUAAAGAAUCUUAGUUCAGAGCAAUUAAAGAUUAAUGUAUUCUCAGGAAAUGUAGUUUUAAAGAAUUUAGAGAUUAAAGGUGAAGCAUUACAAUCAUUUAAAUUACCAUUACAUGUACAAAAAGGUAUAAUUGGUACUUUAACUUUAAAAAUACCAUGGACUAAUUUAAAAUCUAGCCCAGUUAUAUUCGAUAUUGAUUGUAUUUCAUUAUAUGCAAUACCUCAAACUGGUUUUGAUUAUAAUGAAGAAGAAGAAAAGAAAAACCAAUUAGAAUUAAAGAGAAAGAAAUUAGAGAAAUUUGAAUUAAUUAGAUCAUUUAAAGAAGGUAGUGGAGCCGAUCAAAAAACUACUAAACAAGAUACAUUUAUGACAAGUGUUAUGACUAAAAUUUUAAAUAAUAUACAGGUAAAGAUACAGAGUUUUCAUUUACGUUAUGAAGAGAUUAAAGGUGGAAAAGUUUAUUCAUUGGGUAUUUCAUUUGGUUCAUUAUCAGCAUUUCCAACUGAUUCAAAUUGGGGUCAAUCAUUAAAUGAAAAUAAUCAGCAACAACAACAACAUCAUCAAAGUUCAUUAUUUAAAUAUAUUGAAUUAACAAAUUUUUCAAUUUAUUUAGAUUCAGAAGAUAAAAAAGAAUCAAUUUCAAAAAUGGUUGAAAAGAAUGAUAAUCAAUUAUUUAGUAAUACAUUGAAAUCAAUGAUUGGUACAACACAAGAUACCUAUAGUAAACAUCAAUAUAUAUUGAAGCCAAUUACAGUUAGAUUAAAGAUUGAAUUGAAUAGGAAUUUAGAUAUGAAUAUUGAUAUACCAAGAAUGAAGGUCUAUUGUCAAUUCGAUCAGGUUUCAUUCGUUAUCGAGGAGAAUCAGUAUCAGAGUAUAUUGAAACUAUUGACAACCAUUGGUAAUUAUGCUCAAGAGAUAAAGUAUCUAAAGUAUAGACCUAAGCAAAGACCAAAACAAGAUCCAAAAGCAUGGUGGAAAUAUGUUGGUGAUGUGGUACGUGAAUCGAUUCGUGAGAAAAUUCAACAACGUUCUUGGACCUUUAUUCAAAAGCGUCGUCAAAAUCGUAAAGAAUAUAUUAAACUCUUUAAAAAACUUCAAAAUGUUGAUUGGAUGGAACCAAUCAAUGAGCAAGAACUUAAACAAUUAUCAGAGAUGGAAGAGGUACAUCUUUCAUUUGAAGAUAUCAUUUAUUUUAGAUCAUUAGCACGUCGUGAACUUGCAAUGGAAACUGCAAUUGCCGAUAGUAAAAAAGGUGAAUUCUACUCUUCAUUAAAUAGAGCAAACACUUCUGUUAAACAAGGUUUCUUUGGUAGUUGGAGUAGUUGGGCAACUGGUAAUAAAGAUUCUACAUCCUCCUCCUCUUCCUCUUCCUCUACAUUACCACGUAUGAAUAUUCAAUUAACAAAAGAACAACAAGCUGAAAUUGAAAAAUCAAUGGAAUAUGAUGAAAUUACAUUGGGUGCUACAAUUGAAAUGCCACCACAUUAUGUUGUAAAUGUUUUCGAAGUUCAAAUUGAUGCUGUAAUCUUUACAAUCAUUGGUAAUAGAGGUCCUUCUGAAAAUCCAUUAAUCAAAUCUUAUUUAAAUAAUAUAAAUUUUAAAUUACAACAACGUGAACAAGGUUUAAAAUUAGAAUUAGAUUUAGAAUCAUUCAAUGUUUCUGAUAAUAAUAAUAAAAAUAAUAAUAGUUUAUUCCCAUAUGUUGUAACUUCAAAUCCAAAAUAUAAAAGACAUCAAGAAAAUAAAGAAAAUAAAGAAAAUCAAGAAAAUCAAGAAAAUGAAAAUAAAAAUGAAAUUAAUAAUAAUAAUAAUAAUAAGAAAAAAGAUAAUAAUUUAUUUCAUAUUAUAUUUGAAUCAAAACCAAUUAAUUCAAAUUAUGAUUAUGCAUUAUCAUUAAUGUUAAAAUCAUUAGAAAUCAUUAUUAAUAAGCAACAGAUUGAAAGAUUAGUUGAAUUUGCAACACCAAAAGAAAAUGUUAAUCUAUUUAGUUUAUCAAGUGCUGCAUUAGAAGAAUUUAUCUUAUUAAAAGAGAUGACAAUCUUUCAAUUACGUGAAGUUGUAAAUCAUCAUAAAACAAUUGAUCUUUUCAUAGAUGCAAAGGCUCCAAUUUUAAUUAUACCGGAGCAUAUGUAUAUAAAUAAUAAUAAUAAUAAUAAUAACGAAAAUAGCGAUAAUAAUAGUUCAAUUGAUACAAAUUUAAUUAUUUUGGAUUUAGGUAACUUUUUAAUGCAAUCUGAUAUUUCAAAAAAACCAAGAAAAUCAAAUUAUUCAAUUGAAACACCUUUUAUUUUAAAUGAACAAAUUACAAAAUUAAUUGAUUCACAAACAGAGAAUGAAUUAGAUGAUAAUACUGUAGAUAUAAAAAAUAGCGAUAAUAAUAAUAAUAAUAUUAGCGAUAAUAUUAAUAAUAAUAAUAAUAUAAAUAAUAAAAAUAAUAUAAAUAAUAAUAAAGAAAUUGAAGAAGAUGAUUUGAAAAUAUCAGAUUUAUAUGAUCAUUAUAGAGCAAGUUUAUCAUCAAUUAAAGUAUUAUUAGCAACACAUUCACAAGAUUGGUAUUUACCAGAUGAAAAUAAUUCAAAAGGAUAUCAAUUAAUUGAAGAGAUGUCAAUUAAUUUACAUAUUCAAAGUUGUAUUGAACCAAAUGAAUUGUCAUUGUCAAUGUUUAAAGUUAGUGGUAUUUUACCACAGGUUAAAGUGAAUCUAUCGGAUUCAUCCUAUUUGAAACUUUAUCAUAUCGCUAAAACAUUGGGUAGAAUUCAUUCAAAAACUACAAAUACCACCAUUACAGCAUAUAAUCAUAUUAUGGAUAUGUAUUCAAAUACUCAGGAUACUUUUGUACAACAGGUUGAUGCAAAAACUACAGAAAUUAAAUUAUCCGAUCAAUAUAAACAAGUACUUUCAAAAAGAAAGAUUUUCGAUGCAAGAUUUAAAUUGGAAAAGGUUUUAGUAAAUAUCAUUUCAAAUCAAUCAAAACUCUUACAAUUACGUAUUGGUGAUUUACAAGUUUCCCUUAAAAAGAAAACUUAUGAUUAUAAUGGUAAUUUAUUAUUAGGUUCACUUGAAGUUGAAGAUUGUCAAGAAACUUGUGAAAGAUUUAAUUGUCUAAUUACAAGUAAUUCAAGAUUAUUACCAAUAAUUCAAAAUAAUAAUAAUAAUAAUAAUAAUAAUAAUAAUAAUAAUAAUAAUAAUAAUAAUGAAUCUUGUUUACAAUUAAAUAAUAAUAUAAAUUCUUCAUCAUCAUUAAUUUCAAUUCAUACAGAAAUGGUUGAUAGAGAAUCACCACAUUAUAAACUUGUUGAUACUUUGGUCGAUUUUUCAUUUGGUGAAUUAAACUUUAAUUAUAAUCCUAAAUCAAUGGGUAAAAUCAUUUGUUUUUUGGAUUAUUGUUUUGAAGAAACUUUUAAAAUUCAAGAGAAAUUCAUUGAUCAACUUGGUAAUGGUAGUACUUUAAGUAAUUUAUUCCAUUUACAAUCUUCAACUCCAACAACACCAUUAUUAGAAUCAACUUCACAACAACCUUUAACAAAUCCACUUUCAAAAUCCACUCUUGUAAAUAAUAAUAAUAAUAAUAGUAAUAAUAGAGUAGUUUAUAAUAAUAAUAAUAAUAAUAUAAUUAAAGCAAAAGCUAGUAUUUAUUCAUUAUCAAUUUCAUUAAAUGAAGAAGGUAGAGAACUAGGUAGAUUUUCAAUUAAUCAAUUCGCUAUUGAAGAAUGUACAAUUAGUGGUAGAUCAUUAGAUGUUAGUGGUUAUUUAGAGAGUAUUUCAAUCGAUAGUUUCUUGGAUCAUCCAACUGAAGGUUUUAAGAUAUUAACACCAAAGAAUCCUGGUGUUUCAAUGGCAAAUUUCAAAUAUUCUACUUAUGAUAAUAGUAGUAGUGGUGGUGGUGGUGGUGGUAGUAUCAUUAAUAAGAAUAAACAAUCAUUAUCAUCAUCAUCAUUACCACAAGUUGAAGGUCACCAAUCAACCCAAUUUGAUAAAGAGAUUCAAUUAUAUUUACGUAGUAUUAGAUUAACAGUUUUAGUUGAUUUCAUUCUAAAAACUAAACAUUUAAUUGAAUUACCAUUUAAAACUGUAAAAUAUGACUCAUUGUAUAAAUAUCAACAACAACAACAACAGCAACAAGAAGAAGAGCAACAACAAAAAGAAGAAGAGCAACAUGGUGGUGAAUUUGAUUUACAAAAUGUUUCAUCAUCAUCACCACAAGUUAAGGUUAUAGAUAUAAUUGGUAGUGAUCAACAACCAAUCGGAUUUAAACCAUUAAAAAUUAAUUAUAAGGUAUUUUUAGAAAGUCCACAAAUUAUCUUAUCAAGUAGUGAUGAUAUUCAUAGUAAUCAUGAUAGAAUUAUAGCUGAAUUAGGUUCUGUAGAUAUUAAAACAACAAUACUUAAAACAAAUCAUUUAAUAAAAGAUAGUAGUAGUAGUAGUAGUAGUAGUAAUAGUGGUGAUUGUGGUAAUGAAAAAGAAAUUCAAGUUCAAUGGGAAUCAAUUGAAGCAAAUUUAUAUGAUAUGAAUAUUAGAACCUUUAAGAAUGGCCAAUAUCAUCAAGUAUUACAUAAUCUAAGUAUUUUCAAUCGUAUUGAUACUGUAUUAUGUGAUGGUGAUGGUAAAUAUAUAUCAUUUGCAAAAUUACCAAAUCAAAAGAAAAUUAAUGUUUCAAUUAAAGAAAUUAAAAUUGAAUUUAUGGAUUUAGAACAUUCUUUAAUUUUAUCAUUAACAAAGGAUGUUAUAAAUAGAAUUACAAGUAGUCUUGGUAAUAAUAGUAGUAAUAAUAAACUUGUAAAAAGCAAAUCAUCUUCAUUAUCAUCAUCAACUAAAUUAUUACCACAAUUAAAUAAUGAUAAUAAUAAUAAUAAUAAUAAUACAAAUAAUGGUACAUUAUCAUCUUCAACAUCUACAUUAUUUGUAAAUACAGAUAAAGAACAUUUAACAACAUCAAUUAAUGUUGGUAUUGAUAAAUUCCAAUUGAUUUUGAAAUUGGAUCAAGAAAAACAACAACAACAACAACAAAAAGAUCAUGAUAAUGAUGAAAACAUAAUUAUUAAUAAUGAUUUCGUUACAAUUCAAUUAGAUAAAAUAUCAGUUGAAAUGGAAUCAUGUAAGAGAAAUGAUGUUAAAACUUUAAUUAAAGUUGACGAUUUUAUAUUAUUAGAUGAUAGAUUAAGUGAUAAUCUUAGAUUUAAUAAAAUAGUUGAAAAGAAGAAGAAUGAUAAUGGUAUUGGUAAAGAUGAACCAUUAAUUAAUAUUGAAUUUAUUAAUUUUAAAGAUAAUAAUGAUUGGGAAAGUAGUGCAAUUAUUGAAUUUAGAGAAGCUAGAGUUGUAUUAUCAUUGGGUUUAAUAUUAGGUAUUAAAGAUUUCUUUUUAUUACCAUUUGUAACAACAUUACCAAAUGAACAACAACAACUUUUAUUAAAUGGUAAUUCAAAUCAAAUUGAAAUACCAAUUCUAUCAAAUGUAUUACAAGAUUUGAAAUCAAUUUUAAUUGAAUCUACAGUUAAUAAUAAUAAUAAUAAUAAUAACAAUGGUGAUGGUAGUAGUGGUAGUAAAAUUAAGAAAUCAAGUAAAUUAAAAUUAGAAUUAAUUGCUCAUUCACCUCAAAUUUUAUUACCAGUUUCAAAUCAUUCAAAUAAAUUAGUAGCAUUAGAUAUUAAUGGUGAUGUAAAACUAACAAAUUCAUUCUCACCAACUCAAAUUAAAUCUUUUAUAGAUUCAAAUUUCUAUGAUGAAUUUGAUGUAGAAUCAAUGUUUAUAACUUUAAAUGGUUUAACAUUUAAUAUUUAUGAAAUUACAACUGCAACCACCACCACCACCACCACUAAUAAUAACUAUAGUGAUAUUAAAUUUUUAUCAUCGAUUUCAAAAGAAUCAUUUGAUAUUAAAGUUGAUUAUUCAAGUUGGGAUUCAAUUUAUACAAAUACCAUUGAAAUGUUAACAUGUGGUAAACAACCAACCAUCGUUGAUGUUGAUAUUUUCAAUACAUUCUCAAUGAGAGUGAAUGAAGAACAAUAUCAAUUCUUUUGUGAUAUGAUUGCUCAUUUAUUAAGAUCAAUGGAUGAUUGUCCAAAAUUAAAAUUAAAGAAACGUAAUCCAUAUAUGUUAGAUGUAUUAUUAGAUCAAAUAUCUUUAUUAAAAUCAACAAAUUCAACAACAACAACAACAACAAUAUCAAAUUCAUUACUAGAAUUAAAAGUUUUAGAAAUAUUUGGUAUGAAAGUAAAUUGUAAAUUUGAUAAAGUUUUAAUUGAACUACUUUCAAAUGAUGGUAAUAAUAAUGAUUUUUCAACAUUAAUUUUAGAGAAUGUUUUACUUUCAAUUGAUAUGGCAACUGAAAAUAGACCAAAGAAAAUGUUAAUUGAAGGUACUGUUGAUCAAUUAUUGGUUUAUGAUAAAAGAGACUCUGAUAAGAAUAGUAAUGGUAGAUUGGUAUUAGAAAGAUAUUCAAAUAAUAAUCCAAUGAUGGAAUUUAGUCAAUUAAUGUAUCAAUCAAAUUCACCAUAUUUUCCAAAAGGUCAAUUAUAUUCAAGUUUAUUAAAUUUCAAUUUAAAUCAUUUGAAAGCAAUUGCAUUACCUUCAUUUUCAUUAAGAGUUUGGGAUUGGGUAAUUUUAACAAUUACUUCAGUAUUUAAUACUUAUACAAUUGAUAAAUAUAAUCCAAUUAAUAAUAAUAAUAAUAAUAAUAAUGAUGAUGAUGAUAUCAUAAUUAAUAAUAAUAUAAAUAAUAAUAAUAGUAAUAAUAUAAAUAGAAUGAAAAUGAUAGUUAAUAUACCAUUACCAAUAAUUGUUUUAAUUGAUGAAUCACCAUCAUUAUCAUCAUUAUCAAAACAACAUUGUAAUCAUGGUAAAGUUUUUGUUGAAAUUAAACCAAAAUCAAUUCAAAUUAGUAAUGAAUUUAUAACAAAAGUUAGCUUAGGAAUUUUAAAUAGUUUAGGUAAUCAAGAUAAUUAUCAAGAUGUUAUGAAUAUUUAUUUAAAUGAAUUUGAAAUGAAUUUAUUAACUCAUAAUGGUAUUGCAGAAUCAAAUAUAUUAAAGAAUGGUAAUUUAUUAGUAUCAAUGGAGAAUUUUAUUCAAGAACAUCAAGAUCAAAACUAUCAAACCAUUGAAUUAACACCAACUUCAAAAUUUACAAUUAAAACAUUUACAAGUGAAAAUAAUGAUAAUGGUAUAUUAUCAUUUAAAUUUGACCAAACUCAAUAUAAUCAUUUUUAUAAAUGUAUAAAUUCAGUAUUAAAACGUCAAUAUGAAAUGGAUUCAAAGUGUAAUCAAAUUUAUUUAAAACCAAAUCAUAAAUUGAAACCAAUCGAUAUGAUAACAAUUAUAAAUUUAGAUUGUUUAGAAUUAUUAUUAUUAUCAGAUGAUGACAAUGAUGGCGGUGACGGGUUAAUGGAUAGUAGUGUUGAUAAUGUUCAAUCGGAAAUUAGAAUUUUUAAUUUAAGUUUAGAGAAUAUUAUAAAUUCUAGAGAUGAAACUAUGCAAGUUGUAGGCUUAAUUGGUAAUUUAAAGGUUAUUGAUUCAGUUAAUCAAAUUGUUAUCAUUGAACCAAUCAAUUCAAAUGUUGAUAGAUUCUUUACAAUGUUUAAAUAUAAAACCUAUUCAAGAUCAUUAAAACAAAGACAAAAACAUUUACAACAACUAUUAGAAGAUCCAUCAUUACAAUGGGAUGUUGAGUUUGAAUUCAAUAUGAAAUCAGUUCAAUUCAAUUUAUCAUUACCAAAUAUUAAUGUUCCAUUAAGUAUUCAACCUUUCUUAUUAUCAAUUUUAGAGAAAUAUCCAAUUGAAACUAAAUCAAAGGUUCAAUCUACAUUAGAUGAAUUAUCAAUAGCAGAACAACCACCAAAAAUGAAAAUUGAUAUUAAUUUAUUAUAUUCAAAAGUAUUGAUUUCACCAUCUGGUAAAUCUUUUACAUCAAUAUUAACCAAUUCAAGUACAAACAUUUCUGGUUACGAUUAUAUGGUGGUAUCAUUUGAUGAGGUUUCAAUGAAACAUCAACCAAAUCAAUUUAUUAAGUUAGAUGAUUUAGGUACAAUUAUAAUGGAUUUAGAAAGUAUUAAUUAUAAAGUUUCCUCAUUAUCUGUUGAAAUUGUAUUGGUUAAUAAAAAACCUUACUUUUUCUUAACAGAUAUUGAUAUCAAUGCUUCACAACGUACAAUUCGUAAUCAUUUAGAAAUUGUAAAUAAAUUACAUUGGGAUGGUCAAACUAAUCAAAAUAAUCAAAAGAAUAGAAAUCCAUUCAAAUUUUAUGAUCAAAGUGGUGCUAGUAAUAAUAAUAAUGAUAAUGAUAAUGAUGAGUACGAUGAAGAUCAAGAAGAAAUAUCAGAGAUUUAUAAAGAUCAAGAAUUAAUUAGUAAAUCAAAGAUUUCAAUUCAUUCAAAUGCAUCACAAAUUGAUUUACAUUCAAAUCAUUUCCAAUUUUUAUGGACACUUUAUCAAUCAAUUGGUGAUAUUAAAUUAAAUAAGGAUCAAGAUGAUGAUGAUGAAGAUAAUCAAGAAAAACAAAAUAAAGAAAAGAAAUCAAAUAUUAUUGGUGGUGAUAAAGAAUAUUUAUUAAAUUUUAUUGAAUUUCAAUUAAAAGAUGUUAAAAUCAAUUUAAUUAAUCAAUUUAAUAAUCCAAUUUUAAAUAUUUCUUUAUCACAUUUAGAAACUUAUUUACGUCAAAUUGAAAAUGGUUCUAUAAAAUUGGAUGGUUCAAUUCAUUCAUUAAAAAUUUUGGAUCAAAGAAGAGAAAGUACUCUAAAUUCAAAAUAUAAAUAUUUAUUACAAAAUUAUGGUGUUGAUGGUAAUUCAAGUCAUAAUAGUAGUGGUGGUUUAAAUAAUAGUUUUGAUCUUAAUAAUAGUGGUGGUGGUAAUAAUAAUAAUAACAAUAGUUCAACAAAAUCAAAUAUAUUGAAAUUUAGUUUUAAACCAUGGAUUUAUAAAGAAGAUAUUGAUGAUCCAUUAUUCUCUAGAAAUAAUAGUAGCAAUAGUAUAAAUAGUAUUGAAAAUGUAUCAAUAACUACAACAACACCACCACCACCACCAUCAACAUUACCAAAAGAAUUUAAAGAUAAAUGGGAUCAACAUUUAAUAAUUUCAAUUUCAAAUUCACAAAUUACCCCAAUUUUUGAUUUAUUCACUGAAAUUCAAACUAGUUUCUUACCAUCAGAUUUAUUAAAUAAACAUAAAGAAAAUGAACAAGAUAAAGGUGGUAAAAAAUCAUCAAGAAUUAAAAUUGAUCUAACAAUGGAAUCUAAUCAAUUUAUAUUACCAAUGAAUUUUGAAAUUUCAAAUUAUUAUUUAAGAAAUGAAAUUAGAAAAAUGACAAUUUCAAAUGAUUAUCAAAUUAUAAAGUAUUUUGAUAGUUCUGAUCAUCAUCAUCAUCAAAAAGAAUCAAGUAUUGAUAGUAAUUUAAUGUUUUUAGAGAUAACAGGUUUUUCAAUUGAUUCAAUUAUGUCUGUUUUAAUUGAUUCAAAUUUACCAAGAGUUAAUAGAAUUUUAAGAGAUUCAAAUAUUAAUAUUAAUACUAGAAUUAUUGAUUGGUCAUCAUCGUCAUCAUCAAGUAAACCAAUUAAAAUACCAUCAAUUGAUACAAUUAUUGAUAUUGAACAUAUGGAUUUCUUAUUUUGUAAUGAGGAGUAUAGAUUUAUGUAUGAUACAUUCAAUAAUACAUUAAAGAGAUAUUAUGAUUUCAAAUUCUUACCAUUGCCACCCUAUAAAGAGAUUGAUUAUUCAUUCAAUGAAUUGAUUUCAAUUGAAAAUCAAGUUAAAUGUACAAUUCAAUCAAUUACAAUGAAUAUGUUAAACCGUCAAAAACCAAAUACUCUUGCCACUAGUAAUAAUCAUAAUCAUCAUAAUAGUAAUGGUACAAUUAAACCAAUUGGUCAAAUCUUUUUAAAGAAAUUAUCAAUCGAUAUGAUCACUUGUAAACAAAAUAUGAAAUUAAAUGGUACAAUCAAUUCAAUGUUUAUUAGAUCAAUUAAAACUAAAGAAAACAAACAAUCAUUAUAUUUAGAUAUUUUAAAACCAAAAUAUAAUUUUAAUGAAAAUGAUAUUGAAAUUGAAAAUAAACUAAAUAGAAAUAGUAAUAGUGAUAGUGAUAAUGAAGAAAAUCAUAAUAAUAAUCAAAAUAAUCAAAAUAAUAUAGAUGAUGAUGAUGGUGAUGGUGAUGAUGAUGAUGAUGAUGAUGAUUCAAUUAUUAAAUUUGAAUUUAUAUCAUAUAGUGAACCAACAUCAAUUAAAGGUGAUAAAUCACCAAUUAAAACAUUAUGGGAUACACAAUAUUCUGUUGAAAUUGGUAGUAUUAAUUUAGUAUCAAAGAUUGCAACAUUAUUAAAGAUUAAAGAUUUUAUAAUGGAACCAAUGGUAACACCAUUUUCAUCAGCUCCAAGCAAUAAACCAUCCAUUAGAGAUUCAAAAGAUUAUCGUAGUAAAAUGUAUCAACGUUUAACUAUGAAACCAUUCACACUUGAAAUACCACAAUCUGAAACUUCAACUGAAAUGGUAUCAAUUGAAUUUGGUACUAUUACAAUGUCAAAUAUCUAUAGACUAUUCCAUAACAAUAACAUUACAAUCAAUAAACAAAUUGAAGUGUUACUAGUGGAUAUCUCUCAAUUUACAAUGUACACUCAACGUGAUAUCCUAUCAACAAUGGUAUCAAAUUCACCUCAAAUGAAAUUAGAAGUUGAAAGAUUAUUAACAUUGGAGGAUCGUUCGCUACAAGAUUUUAAAACUCGUGCAAAGAUAACCAAUUUCGAAUUAAUUUUCUCUGCUGAUGAUUAUUUAUUCCUAUAUACUAUUUUCACUGGUAAUUGGAUGUUUAAUGAUGAGGUCGAUUCAUCAUCACAUAGAACACCACCCAAUCCACCAUCAUUACCAAGUUGGAAUGGUGUUAGAUUUGUUUAUUCACCACUUGAACAUUCUGAACAAAUUAAAGUCUCUGAAAAUCAAUUCUCUUCUCCAAAAGGUUUCAUUAAUUUAGUGGAGAAUAGAAUAUUACAAAGUUUCACUCUAUCAAUGGAUACUUUCAAUUUCCAUAUGAAUCCAAUCGUUGAUCCAUUAGCAAUCUUGGCAAUGAAUAAUGUAAUAUUGGAUUAUAAUUUAUAUCGUGAUGGUAUUAUGAAAACCUCAAUCAAUCUAAAGGAUGUUUUAUUAUUGGAUGAAAGAAAUAAUACAGAUUGUGUUUUUAAAGAAAUUUUAACAAGAAAACAAUUAAACAAUCAAAAUCCAAAAACUCCACCACAUAUUAUAAUUGAUUUUCUAAUGGAUCCAACUCAUAAUCGUCAAUUCACUUCAAUUCAAUUAGAUCACCCAAUGUUAUUCGUUUCACCAAAUUCAAUCUUACCAAUUUUAGAUUUCUUUACAUCAUUACAACAACAAAAAGAAAAAGAAUUACAAGAAUCUCAACAAAAACUACAACAAAAACUACAACAAAAACAACAACAUCAACAACAACAUCAACAACAACAACAACAACAACAACAACAACAACAACAACAACAACAACAACAACAACAACAACAACAACAACAACAACAACAACAACAACAACAACAACCAAUUAUUAAUGGUGAUUAUGGUGGUAUUGAUUCAAAUAAUCGUAAUAAAAAAUUACCACCACAUAUUAGAUUUUAUCUUAAAGUUACUAAACCAAAAUUAUUAUUGGUUGAAGAUGAAACUCAACAAAAUACAAAUGCAUUGGUUAUGAAAAUGCCAAUUGAAUUUCAUUUUAGUAAAACAUCAGAUCUUAAUCAAACUAUGGAAUUACAUGCUUCGAAAUGUCAAUUAUUUAGAACAACUCCAUUCUCUGAUAGUAAUAAUGGUGCAACUUCAACUCCAAUUACAAAUUCAUUCGCUUUCACUUGUAUCUUUAUUCAAUUCAAUGAAAAUGAUCAACAAACCAUUCAAAUUAGAUUUCAACCAUUAAAUGUUUGUUUAUCCUAUAAAGAGAUCUUAAUGAUUAAUCGUUUAAUUAAUAAUUUAUCUUUAACAAAUUAUCAAGAACAAUUAAAACAACAACAACAACAAGAAAAAGAAAAAGAAAUUGAAAAAGAAAGAAAAAGAAAAUCAUUAUUAAAAAAUAAUAAUAAUAUUUCAAUUAAUGAUAAUGAUGAUGAUGAUGAUGAUGAUGAUAAUGAUAAUGAUGAAAAUAACAAUGAAAAUUAUGAAUUUAAUUUUAAAAAUAAUAAUAAUGAAGAAUUUUAUGAUGAUUUUGAUGAAUUAACAGAUACAACAACAACAUCAUCACAAAGAUUAAAUGAACAAGAUAAAGAAGAGAUUAGAAUUCAAAAGAGUUUUAGAGAAUUAGAGAAAAAGAAAAGAGAAAGAAAAGAGAAUUCAAAAUCAAAAUCUUUAGUUGCACCAGAUAGACCUGAUGAAUCAAUGAAUUUAAUGCACAAGACAAGAGUACAUGUUGAAUUCUUGGGUAGAGUUAGUUUCACUUUAUUGGAUGAAUCUGUUACAAUGAAAGAUAUUCCAUUCGUUCAAUUGAAUAUCGGUGAAUUCAAUAGUGAUUAUUGGGGUUGGGAAGAAUAUUCUUUCCUUUCUUGUGAUAUGUAUUUGAAAGUUGAAGUUUUCAAUCAAAAACAUAUGGCUUUCGAUUCAUUGGUUGAACAAUUUCAAUUAAAUGUACAAGUACUUCAAUCUGAUGAUCCAAAAUUAAAAAUUUCUGUUAAAUCAAAUUCACCUUGUAAUAUUAAUAUCUCUCAACCAUUCAUUCAAGCUUUGGCAAACUUUUAUCAAAAUAUUUUAAAAACUAAUGCUUCAAAUUCUUCAAAUAAUAAUAAUAAUAAUAAUAAUAAUGGUUUAAGUGCUAGUACUUCAAAUAAUUUAAAUAAUACAAUGAAUGAUAGUAAUAAUAAUUACAAUGGUCGUAAUGCAAGUUCAAAUGAAUUAAUUACUUUUGAAAAUGUUGAUCCUGAAGAAAUGUUAUUUAAUAGUAUUUCACAAAGUAUUAGUAAUCCAAAUUUAACAACAACUACAACUACUACUACUACAACCACUACGACAACUACAACAUCCACAACAAUCAAUAAUAAUAAUAAUAAUAAUAUUAAUCAAUUCCAAAUUACAACACCAAGCUCAAGUGUUAUUAAUAGUCCAAAUAUUAGUGGUAUUAAUGUUGGUAGUAAUAGAUCAACAAAGAAUAGUAUUAAUCAUAAGAGAAAUCCAUCAUUGAAUAAUAAUAAUAAUAAUAAUAAUAAUAAUAAUAAUAAUAAUAAUAAUAAUAAUAAUAAUAAUAAUAAUAAUAAUAAUAAUAAUAAUAAUAAUAGUAAUGAUAAUCAAGUUAAUUUUUCAACAUCACCUGGAUGGAAGAAACCAAUUAAUUCAGGUUAUUUACAUCAAUUUGAUUGUUAUAAUUCAUUAACAAAUAAUAUUAUUAAUAGUAAAACAAGAGAUAUGAGAUCAUCUGUUGAUUUAACAAUGUUAACUAGAUCAGGUGCAUCACAUCAACGUAGUUCACAUCAACGUAGUCAUUCACGUGCAAAUUCAAAUACUUUUAAUAUGGAAAUGCUACGUUCGCCACCUGUAUUAUCUUCAUCACCAACUGGAACCUCUUCAAUACCAAACGUUCUAUCCUCAUCAUCAUUGAAUGCUCAAACAUUGUUUACAACUGAAGGUAAUAAUCAAUUUUGGAUUGUUAAUCUUACUGGUAAAUCAAUUGAAUAUUAUGUUGAGGAAUUAAAUUUCGUUCAAUCUUAUAGUGUAAAUGAUAGUGGUAGUGGUAUAAAUAAUAAUAACAACAACAACAAUAUUUACAAUAUUAUCAAUUUAAAUAAUAGUACCUCAUCACCAUCUUCAUCAAGUAAUAAAGUUAAUAAUAAUUAUAAUAAUAUGGAUGAUGAAGAAGAUAAAAAGAUAUCAAAAAAAUCAUUAUCAAGUUCAACUGAUAAAGAGAUUCAUUUACUUAGAGAUAAAGAGAAACAAGCAUUGGAAUUGAAUUCAGUAUUAUUUAAAACUCGUGAUUUUAGAGCACAUGGUUCAUUGAAUGCUCAUGUUGCAAUCAGAUUAAUUGAUCAAGAUAGUGGACCUUCACAAUGGAUACAUGGUGUUUCAAUCAAUCAAAUCGGUGAUAAUUUCUAUUUCCCACCAUUUGGUAAUAAAGCAAAUUUAGUGGUUUGUGAAGUUGGUUGGGAUGAAAAGAAUGAAUCAAAGAUUGCAACAUUACGUUCACCUGUACUAAUUAAAAAUAGUUCAAAUACUCCAAUUGAUAUUCAAUUAAUUCAUACUAUCAAUAAUAAUAAUAAUAACAACAAUAAUGAUGUUAAUAAUAAUAAUACCAAUAAUAAUAACAAUAAUAAUAAUAAUAAUAAUAACAAUAAAUCAAAUGAAAACUCUCAAGAUCAACCACCUUCCAUUAAAACUCAAGAAUUUGGUCCAAUUAGAAUAGAUGAAAACUUUUAUAUUCCAAUUGAUUUUUGGAAUUAUAAUUGUUCAAUUUCUAUUCGUCCACAUGGUAAAGAUUUUAAAUUUGAUUCAAUUGAAACUUUAGAACUUUGUGAAUCAAGUAGUUGGCCAGAUUCUCAUAUAUUUACUUCUACCAAAGAUUUAAUAAAUGAAAAUAAUGCUGGAGGUAGUAGUCAUUAUUCAUCAAAUGGUAGUAAUGGUAGUUUCUCAAGUAUUUCUCAACAACAGCAACAAAAGAAAACUGAAAAUUUCUAUUUAGGUACAAUGAAACAAAGUGGUAUUAGAUGUGAUCGUACUGGUUUAGUUUCAACAACAUUAAUUGUAACACCACCAAUUAUAUUUGAAAAUGUGUUAUUAUGUGAUAUUGAAGUUAGGAUUAUGUCACAUUCAAAGAGAAGUAAAGUUAAUGAUACUUUCUUAAAGAAUCUUGUAAAUAAUGGUAAACCUGCAACCACUCUAUCACCAGGUAAACAAAUGCCAUGGUAUUCAAAUCAUGGUAAUGAUGUUGGUAUGACUUUAUCUUUGAAAGGUCUUGGUAAAGAUCAAUAUUUCCAUUUACCAAGUUAUAUUCAUAAUUCACCAUUGGCAACAAAAGGAAAAGAUAACAAUAAAGAUAAUAGUAAUAAUAAUAACAACAACAAUAACAAUAACAAUGAUGGUAUUGAAGUUGGUAGUGGUUUAAUUGGUGGUGGUAUUGAUUCAAAUUCAUUCCAACAUGUCUCAUUCACUCAAGAGAUUCAGUUCGUUUGCACACCAGAGUACACAAAUACCAACUAUACAUUGAUAUUAAAGAUUGAUCAUAGAUUUGAGGGUGGUUGUCAUAUUGCAAGUAUUUAUUGUACAAAUGCAAUUCAAAAUCAUACGAUGAUUCCAUUCCUAUUAAGACCAUCAAAUAUGAAAUUAGUGAAUGCUCUAACGUUGGAAACUAAUGGUGAUCCAUUGAUGAUCUCACAUGAUAAAUUCUAUUGUUAUCAUCCUUCAGCACCAAAGAUACCUUCAAAGGAAUUUGAUAUCAUAUUGGGUAAAGAAGAUAUCAUUGAAAUUCAAUUCGACGCCUCUAAAGAUCAAAUGAGAUUCCAAUUCAAAGCUAUAGUUUCAACUGGUUUCAAUAUUUUCUUUAGAACUCGUAUCGUUGAUAUUUAUCCAAGAUUCGUGUUGGUUAAUAAAUUACCCAUUUCAUUAUCCUAUACUCAAGUUAAUAAAGAUUUGGCAAUUAUGGCAAAAGAUUCACAAUUGUUGGGACCAGAAUCAUCCAUUCCAUUUCAUUGGUUCAAUGGUAAAGAGGAACAACAACUCUCAAUUUCAAUUGGUCAAGGUACAAGUGAUUCCUCUUGGAAAUGGUCUGGUGGUAUGCGUAUCGAUCAAAUUGGUGUAAACUAUAUUAAACUUCAACAUCAACAUGAUGAUUUAAUUGAACAAUCCAUUAAAGUUGAAGUUAGAGAUACCUCUGAAUCAACAAUGGUUUAUUUCUAUAGUAAUGAUCCUCAAAACCUACCUUUCCAUAUUAAAAAUGAAACUAAAACUAUCAUUUCCUAUCAACAAAAACAUCCAAAUUCAAAGAAAUAUACUUUAAAACCAAAUGAAGAUAGAUAUUUUACUUGGGAUUUCCCAAGUGGUGAAAGAAAAUUAACUGUUCAUUAUCAUAAUGAUGGUGGUAUUAACAUUGGUAAUUUAAAUAAUAGUUUAAAUAAUAUUAAUAAUAAUAAUAAUAAUUUAAAUAAUGAUAAUAAUAAAAAUAAAAAUAAUAAUGAUAAAAAUAAAAAUAAUGAUAAAAAUAAUAAAAAUAAUAAUGAUAAAAAUAAUAAUGAUAAUAAUAAUAAUAAUAAUAAUAAUAAUAAUGAAAAUCAAAAUAUUGGUCAAGAUACAUCACCAAUUAUAACACAAGAUAUUAAUUUAAAUAAGAUUAAAGUAUUUAAACCAGUUAAAUUAUUAAAAGAAGAGAUUUUCCCAAUUGUUGAAUCAUCAAAUGGUACAACUAGAGAUUUAUUAUUUACAACUAAACAUCGUGUAACUAAAGAACUUGAUACAUUAGAAUUUGCAUUUGAUAUUUCAUUUGAAAAUCUUGGUUUUAGUUUUAUUGAUGAUGUACCACAAGAAUUAAUUUAUGUUGCAUUUAAAGAUUUCAAUUUCUGGACUUCUCAGUCAAACUUGACUGAAACAACUUGGUUAAUUAUUGACGAUAUUCAAAUUGAUAAUCAACAACCCGAUACUGACUAUCCGGUUUUAUUAUGGUGUGAUAAGAAAAAAGAGAGUCAAGCAUUACCUUUCUUAGAGUAUUCAGCUGUUAAAAUGAAGAAAAAGAAUUUGAAAUAUUAUGAUUUAAUCGCCUUGUAUCUUAAUGAAAUGUAUAUUCAAUUGGAUGAUAAAACUCUAUUAGAUUUAAAUAAUUUCUAUCAAAAGAUUCCAAUUCAUAAAUUUAAUGGUACAAUUUAUGUUGAUCCAACUUCUUCACCAUCCUCACCACAGCAACAACAACCUCAAACUGAACAACCUGGUAUAAUUCCUGAAAACUUUUAUAUUAAAUGGUUAAUUUUUGCUGAAAUUAAAAUUUAUUUAACUUUUGGUAUUUCAAGAGAUGGUAUUUUAAGUAAUUAUAAUAAAAUGCCAGCACUUAGAUUAGUAAUUCCAUCAUUAGGUAAAUCAUUAGGUCAAUUAGAGAAUGCACCAUUAAAUAUUAAUCAAUUAGGUGUAAAGAAUAUAUUUACAACAAUGAAUAAUUUAACUCAAUUAUUAUCAUCACAUUAUACUAAACAAAUGAAAAGACAAAUUCAUGUUAUAUUGGGUUCAUCUAAUAUCUUUGGUAGUCCAUUAGUAUUUUUCAAUAAUAUUAGUACUGGUAUGACUGAAGCCAUUGAAGAUCCAAUUAUGGGUUCAAUUCAAUUAAUGAAGAGAAUUUUGUAUGCAGCUGCAAAUAGUAGUUCAAAAUUAUUUGGUACAAUUUCAAGUGGUUUUGCAACUUGGUCAUUGGAUGAAACUUAUUUAAGAAGACGUGACGCUGAAGAAAAGGUUAAAGCAAAACAUAUUGCUCAUGGCUUUUAUUUAGGUUCAAAAGGUUUUGCAAUGGGUAUAAUUGAUGGUGUUUUUGGUAUUGUUGAACAUCCAGUUCGUGGCGCUAUGCAAGAGGGUCUAUUAGGUUUCUUUAAAGGUUGUGGUAAAGGUGUUUUAGGUAUUGCUGUCAAACCAGUCACUGGUGUAUUUGAUUUCGCCAGUAAAACAUCUGAAGGUAUAAGAAACAAUACAAACAUUCAUCCAGAAAGAUUUAGAUUAAGAACACCACGUUUCAUUAAUCCAAGAGAACCAAUUAAAGAAUAUUCUGUCGACGAGAGUGAAGGUAACUUUUUAUUGAAAAAGAACUCGGAUGAUAUCAAUAAGAGUGAAGGUAAUCCGCUAUCCUCUAAAAUGGAAUAUAAAUUCCAUGUGGUUCUACCAGAUUGUACUCUACUCUUAACUUCUCAUUCUUUGAUUUGUUUAUCAAAGAAAGGUAUCUAUCGUUGGUCUUUCCCAUUGUCUGAAAUUUCAAAAUUGGUAAAUAUCGUCGCAAAAUGUAAACUCAAUAUUCAUUUGAAAAAUUAUCGUUCCUUUGGUACCUUUAGUCAAUUGAGAAAGAAAAUCUCAAUUCAUUGUCCAAAUGAUUCAAUCUUAUUCCAACUCUAUAGUAAAAUCUCCUCUUGUUUCAAUAGAUCAAAUAGAUUGGAAUUAGAAGAAAAUGUUGCUGAUGAUUUUGGUGAUAAUUCAAUUGCAAUGGUUUCAAGAUAUAAUUGA